AUUAAAUCUAAUGUUAUUAAUUCAAUGAAUAAAUUACAAUUAUCUUCAUUUAUUUAUUCAUUAAUUACAUAACAACAAUACCGUUAUGUUGAAUGAUCAAUUAAAUAUAUUUUUAAAUGUUACUGAGUCUAAGGAUUUCAAUUUAAGUCAUAAAGACUAUAAUAAUACAGAGGAUUUGAAAAAUAAAAAGGAUGUUAUUAUAGAUGAACAUCUACAAUCUAUUGGACUAAUCAUUUUAUUGGUUUUAUUCUUUACAAUUGUUAUUGGUAAUUUGACUGUACUUGGUGUGAUUUUUUCAAGGAAAAUCAAAACACAAAUGAAAAUAUUCAUUAUUAAUUUAGCUAUUACAGAUCUCUUUGUAGCCCUCGGUGGAAUCUUACCGGAAAUAAUUUGGAAUAUCACAAUAGUAUUUUAUGCACCAACAUUUGUUUGUAAACUAGUGAAGUAUAUGUCCACUACCAUAACAUACGGAAGCUCUUUCGCAUUAAUAGCGUUAAGUAUUGAUCGUGCAGAGGCUGUAUGUAGACCGCUCCGAGCUACCUCAUCGAAAUUUAGUAAAAAAACACAUGCCCUCAUGUUAAUCGGAUCUGCAUGGUUAGCAGCAGUGGUAUGCGGUAUACCUACAGCGUUACUAGCUCAAAAAGUUUAUGAAGGGACACAGUAUGAAAACUGUCGAUUCGACUUUAGCAGGAUUAGUCCACAAGCCUAUCUAACCUCUAUAGCAAUGUCAGUUUUUGUCAUACCAGCAUUUAUUAUAGCUACAUGUCAUAUUAUCAUCGUAAUUAAAAUUUGGAGUGCAUCCAAAUCUCGAAAAUUCAGAAUAAAUGAUCUACCAGAUUUGCGUCAAAAGCGAUCUCAGGAAAAACAUCUAAGCAAUCCACUUUCUGUAACUACGAUUUCUAUAUCAAACAAGAAGCUAAGUGAAUUGUCACUCGAUAAAAAGAGUCUGCGAAUCGGACUAUCUAGACGUAUUAACCGUAAACAUGUACAUUCCAGUUGUAUAUCCCGUGCUAAAGUGAAAACAGUUAAAAUGACUUGUCUGAUAGUUUCAACUUAUGUGAUUUGUUGGUGUCCAUUUAUGGUAUGGAACUUAAUGGUUACUUAUGGAUAUAUGAGACGAUGUGCCCCAUAUUUGAUGAAAUAUUCACCAAUUAUUCAACAUUUGGUACCACUGAAUUCAACAGUAAAUCCUGCGAUAUUUUGGAUAUUCAAUGCAGAAAACUUUAUUCGGAGACGAAGAAGAACAACUGGAAUAGUUGUGACAGAUGCAACGAAAUUUUGAAUUAACCUACGGUAAUUCAUGUUAGUCUCCUAAUUCCUACAAUAUGUACCAAAAAUAUAGGUCAAAAAGUUGUUUCAAACGUGACAGCUAAUGUCAAGGAGAAUGACUAGGAUCGGAGUGUCUUCUUACGUUGAAGAAUUCAAUAAUCUGUCCGACAUUGUAGGAAUUGAUUGUUCACGUUCAAAUCAAACGUUCAUAACGGGAAAAUAUCUUGCAGUGAAAUGUUAACAAGGCAUAUCUCUUUAUGAUUUAAGAAAAAUCAAAUUAUUUUGCUUUCUUUUUUAGAUUUAAUGAAAUUGUAUUUAUUUGUAAAUUGUCUGAAGUUAGAGAAGGUUUGUUGUUAGUUGUGUAGACAAACGUUUUUUUUAAAACAAAAUAUCGAACAUUUCCACUUUUGAAAAUAAUAAUGAGUUAGCCAUGAUGCGAGCUGAUAUUGUGAAUAAAUAUAGCAGUAAUAAAAAUUUACUGUUUUAUCGGUUGAAUAAA